UGUACGCUCACGACCAAGUGGACCAGUGAACGCGCACGACAACGCACAGUGUCAAACGAUGGACGCGGUGAUUUUUGUGUGCGUGUGAUUCAGAUGAACUCCUGCAGGUCUCAUCGCUGCUGUUGGACGCACGUCUUGCUGCUGCAGUGGUGAGACACAGAGCAGACGUCAUUACCGGGACCAGACCUCAGCCGCCCCUCGUCCAGAUUCAUCCUCCACCGAGCGUGUCCAAGAUGACGGCCAACAGCCGCUACAGGAGCCGUGCGCCCCGGUCAGAUGAUGGAGAGGUAAGAGAAACAGUGGGGACAAAGGAAAAGGAGUAUGUUGGUUUUGCGACGCUGCCCAACCAGGUGCACAGGAAGUCUGUGAAAAAGGGAUUUGACUUCACCCUCAUGGUGGCAGGUGAGUCUGGCCUGGGUAAAUCCACCCUGGUGAACAGCUUGUUCCUCACUGAUCUGCAUAAAGACAGAAAAUUACUAAAUGCUGAGGAGCGCAUCAGUCAGACGGUUGAGAUCAUGAAGCACACGGUGGACAUCGAAGAGAAGGGGGUGAAGUUGAAACUAACUAUUGUGGACACCCCAGGUUUUGGAGACGCUGUCAACAACACAGAGUGCUGGAGGCCCGUCACAGACUACAUCAAUCUGCAGUUUGAACAGUACUUCAGGGAUGAGAGCGGACUCAACAGGAAAAACAUCCAGGACAACAGGGUGCACUGCUGCCUGUAUUUCAUUCCACCUUUCGGACACGGGCUUCGUCCAGUUGAUGUAGAGUUCAUGAAGGCCCUGCAGGACAAGGUUAACGUCGUUCCUCUCAUCGCUAAGGCGGACUGUCUCACUCCCAGUGAGAUAAAGAAACUCAAAGAGCAGUUGAGAGAGGAGAUAGGUAAGUAUGGGAUAAAGAUCUACCAGUUCCCUGACUGUGACUCUGAUGAAGAUGAGGGAUUCAAGCAGCAAGAUAAAGAGCUGAAGGAGAGCACUCCGUUUGCAGUGAUCGGCAGCAACACUGUGGUAGAAGCCCGAGGUCAGAGGGUGAGAGGGAGGCUCUACCCCUGGGGCAUCGUGGAGGUGGAGAACCCGUCCCACUGCGACUUUGUGAAGCUCAGGACCAUGCUGAUCAGAACCCACAUGCACGACCUGAAGGACAUCACCAAUGACUGCCACUAUGAAAACUACAGAGCUCAGUGCAUCCAGACCAUGACCAGUAAAAUGAAUGCAGACAAGCGAGUGGAGAGCCCCAUCCCAAUCCUGCCGCUGCCCACGCCAGAUGUGGAGACAGAGAAAAUCAUCAAAAUGAAAGAUGAAGAACUGAAGAGGAUGCAGCAGAUGCUCCAGAAGAUGCAGCAGCAGAUGCAUGAGCAGGACCUGUGACCUCUGACCUUUUAUUCAGGGGACAAACCCAGAGGGUCAAACACAGCAAUGAUUGAAACUGUCACUAAUGCCAUCUCUUCAGAGGACGGAAGAAAUCUUUAUAUGAUUACAUUUAAUAU